UGUAUGAUGUUGUCAACAAAAUGAAUUGUAUGGGUGACUUCCAUCAGUUUAGUCGAUUAAUUUGUGAAUCACAAAUAUUUAACUUUACGAAAUUAGUUUGGCAUGUGAAUGAAAUUCAUGCUUCAACGCCGAUUGGAGCCUCGUUUGUGUGUGUGUCCAAAUGUUGUUGUUCAACUGAUUUUUGGGCUGACUGGUGGGCUCAAAUUUGGCAGCCCAAUACGAGCAAAUGAAUCAAACCAAUUUUAAUAAUUUCUUUGGAGUUUGUUCCUGAGUGCUACGUGUCGAACUGCAGCAAUCAGGCCACACGUGUCCCAAACCGCCAAGCGUGGCUGGAUUCCGUUUGGACUCUGUUUUGUCUGCUUAAAAUGAAGAAACAGAAACAGAGCGAUGGAAAAGAAAAGGCAUGGCGAAGAGAAUUGUGAAUGGGGGUGCGACAGUAACAGUAAAGAAGACGAUAAUGAAGCGGAGGAAGAAGAAAACGAUUCACAAAGUGGUGGAUUAUCUGAUUUCGGAUUCUUACUUAUUCGCUCCCCUGAUUUCUUCUAAUCCACCCUUCAAUUAUUCUCGCUCAACUCCAAAAGGGAUCGAAUUUCGAGAACGCAGAAAAGAUAAUCGGAGUUUGGUGAAGAAGAUUGAGGAUUAUUUGAAAUCCGAUUGCUACAUGUACGCUCCUCUAAUUUUCCCCCAAACCCGAGGAAGAGGCUGCUUAAAGAAGGUAACUACGGAGAUUAUGAGCGAAUCGGCUGCAAAUAUGAAGGAAUCGAGGACAAUUUGCACUCCGGAUAAUCAACUGGCAAAGGAUUCGCCACGUUUUCAAAUUUUCUCGCUGAGAAAACUAUGUGGUCAUUAGGAAUGAGUCGGUUAGGUGGUAACUGGUCGAGCUAUAAGGUGCGAGUUCAAGACUUUCGAAAAUGAAACAAACGUUCCAAUGUUUAAGUCAGUAUCGGCGCGAGCUCAAGUACGUCGUUUUUGGACCAAUGGAGCAGAAUUACGGUACCUCAAUGAAGCGGCAAAGUGUUCAUUUUAUAGGUAGGCAGUUUGGGAGAAGGGGGAGACAAGGCUUUUGGAACCGCUCUGACCGGCUGUUAGGGACUUUCAGACCUAUGUCGAUUGUCGGACAUGAAGUUGGAGUCCUCAGGUUGGAGAGAACUUAGUUAGUUCUCCAAUUGACUUUGUAGUCUUCAGCUCGACCUAUCUUCAGCUCGACCUCAAUAGUAGGUUGGUUUUCUCCAUUGGAUUUCAGGGACGAAUCUGAAGAUACCGAACUGACUUGAUUGGUCCAUGUGCCUUUUUGUAUUUUCCCUCCAACAAACUUUAUUCUAGGACGAACUAAUUAAUUGAUAAUCUGGAAUUCAUACCCUACUUUAGAUUUCGGAAAAU